UGAACCUCUUGCAUAACCCAACCUGUUGUCAACAUUACAUAGCGAUUCAAACAGAGCUUCUUCGUACAGCACGAGGGCUGCUGAUCGGCCACUAUCUCUCUCAGUUGCUAUUUCUUCUUCCUCGAAUCUCGCUCGUUCUACUGGUCUGUUGACAUUUGGGAAGAGGCCCCCUCUGUGGAGCCCAACGCGAGGUCUUUCUCGGCAACACGGCAUACAUUUUGGCCAUCAGAGGAUACUCUGGCUGAGCAUUACGGUCGUCGAUUGGGCGUAGUGUCGCUCUGAAAGUUCAGGAUGGGACGAUGGGGGCGAGAAAAGUACGAGAGGGUGUUAUUCGACAAAACUGUCAAGCUCUAUGACAAGGUCAUCGAGGAUAUCUUUGGCAAAUCAGGUAGCGAUACGGAUUUAAGGCUGGCAACGUUCAUCAGACGCCUGGAUCCAGAGAGUAAAGCCGCGCAAGCUUGUUUCACAACGCUCGUCCAAUCAGUCCUCUGGGAGCACAUAGGGCGCUCCACUUCUAGCGGACCUCGCGUCACCUUGGAUACCACUACCGAACCUGAUGCGUAUCCUCCUGAACCUGUUAACAGAAUACGACGUCUCUCAUCUCGAGUUACAAGAAGCCCAUUCCCAGCUACCCGAACGGCUCAAACGGGGCCACUUUGGACGUCGUUGCUUGACGAUGCUGUCCCAGAGACUUCGUCUACUAGCCGUGCUCCGAGAGCACCUCUCGUUACCAGAUCAUCCGCCACGUCAAGAGCUCAUUCGCCCAGUGCGAGACGACGUGCGAUCAGUCCACCACUUGGUAUCGAUACCGUUGCUGCUGCGGAUGGCGCGGCGAUGCGAAGGAUCAAUUCCAUUCUCAGGUCGCCCACACCUCCAAGUGCGACUCGUUCCACAUGGGAAAUGGUCAAUUUUCACGAUGCGGUCGGAGGCGGAGCGGCUCAUCUAGCCGGGGAUGCCGAAACCGCUGAUGCGAUCAGUCCUCCUCGUUCGCCCAGUCAAGCAUGGCUCAACGAGUACACUGCUUCUCGACCCAUUGCCCCUCGGCCUAGACGACCUCCACAUCUUCAGCGGGCUAGGCGCUCUCGUCCAAUAGAGACGCCUCCGGAAUUUCCCAUGCCUCGCAUAAGGCAAAGAGAGGAUGAGAACGAUGAUGAUGGGGAUGACAACACUGGAAGCACGCGGGGUCUUGAAGCGGACCACCGGGCACGGACCCGACGCAGGACAGACGUAAUUGUGGAGUUGGAUCGUCUCCGAAGUGCCAUGCGGGACUCGCCUGAACCAACUCUACGGCGCUCUCGUUCAAGUUGGCGUGAUUCAGUUUCCAGAGAUGCUCUUCAAAAUACCUCUGAACCCUCUCGUGCUGCCUCUGGCGAUGAUACGCGUCGCUAUGGAGUCGUGUUUGAGCCAUUCUCACCUGCUCUACCGUCAUCGGCCCUCUCAGCUGGACAGGAGGCCGACUCAGGACUGGCCGAGCUUCUACGGGAUCGGGAUGCAGGCGGUGCUGAUGCAGUGGAUCCUCUCGCUAUGCUCGCUGAUAAUGAUGAGAAUGAUGAUGCGCGCUACAACAGCCUCGUCGCCGAGUUUAUCGCUCGACGCCGGGGCAGGAGUAGAAACUUUGGUCUUGGCGUGCGAGGCGUAGAUGGAGUGGAAGAUCUGAUGGGGGUGGAUAAUCGAUGGCUCACUCCAGCAGCCAUAGAUGGCAUGGUUGAUGGAGAUUCGACCUUUGCUCAUGACAUGUUACUUGGGAAUCUCAUGGGUGACGAGUACGGAGAGGAGCAGGAAGGCGAUACACUGUAAAGUAAUGAUGAGCUGGCCAGAUUGGUUGUAUUCCUUUAAGCAGAUGAUUUUGUAGGAUAUGUCACUAAAAACCCAAAGCAGAGAUGCAGGGAGACGGAGACUCUGCAGCUUAGAGUGAUUCAUUCAUUGUACAGGAAUGUAAUCGAAAUGUGACCCAGGAUGCUGUCCCAUUUUUGGCCGGCUCCAAUAUCUUAUUAGAUCCAACCUUGGCUUAAAUUCCGCCACGGGAUGAUGUAAGCCCUGCUCCGUUAUCG